CCUUGUUUUUUUUCUUCUUCUCCCUCCUCUUCUCUGGUAGGUCCACAAUGGUUGUACAGCCAGCAUCUUGCAACACAAUGGUUGCAAUACGGUGAACGGGGAGUGAUUCAGCAUUGCAAUCGCGAUUUUUUUCUAAGAUAUUCUUCAUCCAUCGCUGUGUUUUUUUUCUUUCUUUCUAGUUAUCUCCAUCUUCACGUUUAUUAUUCUGUGCAUGUAAAGUCGUUAAAUGUCUCCCGUCGGAAUGUUUUGAACAGAACUGUCACCGGAUCGUCGUCAGCUGGCACGGAAUGGUAUUUAUGAGGAGGGAUUUCUUCUAUUACUGCAGUGAACCUGUCCUGGAUGUGAAAAUAGCCUUUUGUCAGGGUUUUGGUAAACAAGUGGAUGUGUCAUAUAUCUGCAAACACUACAACAUGUCUAAAAGCAAAGUGGAUAACCAGUUCUACAGCGUGGAAGUAGGAGAUUCCACCUUCACAGUUCUCAAACGCUACCAGAAUCUAAAACCCAUCGGUUCUGGAGCUCAGGGAAUCGUCUGUGCCGGGUACGAUGCGGUCCUCGACAGGAACGUGGCCAUCAAGAAGCUCAGCAGACCCUUUCAGAACCAGACCCAUGCCAAGAGGGCAUACAGGGAACUGGUGCUCAUGAAAUGUGUCAAUCACAAAAACAUCAUCAGUUUAUUAAAUGUUUUCACACCACAGAAAUCAUUAGAAGACUUCCAGGAUGUGUACCUGUGUAUGGAGCUGAUGGAUGCCAACCUGUGCCAGGUGAUCCAGAUGGAGCUGGACCAUGAGAGAAUGUCUUACCUGCUCUACCAGAUGCUGUGUGGCAUCAAACACCUGCACUCCGCUGGCAUCAUUCACAGGGACCUGAAACCUAGCAAUAUAGUGGUGAAAUCUGAUUGUACGCUGAAGAUCCUGGACUUUGGCUUGGCUAGGACUGCAGGCACCAGCUUCAUGAUGACCCCGUACGUGGUGACGAGGUACUACAGAGCCCCAGAGGUCAUCCUGGGCAUGGGGUACAAAGAGAACGUGGAUAUAUGGUCGGUGGGGUGCAUUAUGGGAGAAAUGGUGCGUCACAAAAUUCUGUUCCCUGGCCGGGACUAUAUUGACCAAUGGAAUAAGGUGAUUGAGCAGCUGGGCACACCUGCACCAGAGUUUAUGAAGAAGCUGCAGCCAACCGUCCGUAACUAUGUAGAGAACAGGCCCAAAUACGCAGGCCUCACCUUCCCCAAGCUCUUCCCCGACUGCCUCUUCCCCGCAGACUCAGAGCACAACAAACUCAAAGCCAGCCAGGCCAGAGACCUGUUGUGUAAGAUGUUGAUUAUUGAUCCAGCCAAGCGGAUACAAGUGGAUGAAGCCUUACAGCACCCCUACAUCAACGUUUGGUACGACCCAGCCGAGGUGGAGGCGGCCAGGGAUCUCGUCCAAAUAUCAAUGCCGCCUCCUGCUAUCUACGACAAGCAGCUGGAUGAGAGAGAACACUCCAUCGAUGAAUGGAAAGAACUAAUCUACAAAGAGGUGAUGAACUUUGAGGAGAGGACGAAGAACGGGGUGGUGAAGGGACAGCCCUCUACCUCAGGUACUCUCAGUGCAUAACCUAGUCCCCUCUGUGCAGCCGUGAACAGCAGUGGUGAGAGCCUCCCUUCCCCCUCCGUCAACGAUAUCUCCUCCAUGUCCACCGACCAGACCCUGGCCUCAGACACCGACAGCAGCCUGGAGACCUCUGCAGGACCCCUGGGUUGUUGCAGGUGACUAGCAGCCUGCCUGCGCAACCCCAUGUUCUUCAGAAGGUGAAACACAAUGUCCAAACAACCCAACCAACCUACCUACCAACCACUACCAACCGAAACCUGAAAAAGAACAAAAAUGGUUAAAAGAGAAAAAAAUGAUGAUAUGAAUGGGAUGAUUAAGGAAACAUAAAGUAAUUACUAUAAGAAUCAUGAUUAUAAAAUUUAAGCCUGCAUUUUCAUUCAAAAAGAAAUCACAAAAGUAUAACGAAAAAACUAAAACGAACUAAAGUGAAAUAUAUUUAUUAACUUCUAGUUGCUUUACUUAUAUCUCCCCCUUAUAUGGCAUCAAUAAAAAAAUACAAAAAGCUUAGACAGGCAUUUUUCUGUAAAGUGUCAUUAAAACUGGCUGUUCAUUCCCCCAAUACCUUGCAAGCGUCUGUGCUUCAGUCAAUGUGGCAAGGUGUUCUCUCUUUGUUCAUUACUGCACUGUACUAUAUAAACCUCCAUUCACUUUCCCCACACCUUAUGUGACGGUACUGGUAUGUUUUGAUAACCUCUAGGCUUGAUCCUGGGGUUGUCUCCUGUAUGGGGUUGACAGAUAGGUGUGUUUGAAUACUAUUAUUCCUGCAGGGGUUAGUGCUAGUGUUCCACACAGCACAGCGCCCCCUGUCUUCUGUAAAUAUGUAAUUCUGUACAGCAGCAAGCUAGGCACACAGACAAGACAGACAGAGUGGGACUGAUGGCCAGUACUGGAAGUUCUUCUAUAGCGCACCUUGCCACAUGACAUCACCAGCUUGACCUUUGCCCCCCUAACCUUUGCCCCUUGACCUUUCACCUAAGUUUAACCCCUUGCCUGUUAGUCCUGCUGCAUGAUUACAAAAGCUAACUCUAAUUAUAUGAUAAAUGACUAUAGAUACUUUUGUUUAUAUAACAUAAGUAAUUGAACUUUUCAACCGGAGUGGUGCUGAAACCCAGGGAUGGGGGAGCUCUAGUUAAUGAUGGCUAGCUAUAUAUAUUAACAUACAUACUGGGAGUGAUUGGCUGCAGGAGAAGCCAUUGGGACGUACAGUACUAUCAUUGUCAUCGCUGAGUAGGAUUGGGGUUCAAUUCCAUUUCAAUUCAGUCAAUUCAGAAAGUCAACUGAAAUUCCAAUUCUAAUUCCAUAUUUUCAUCAUUGAAACACGUUCAGGAAGAUUGGAAUUUGGAACUGAAUUUUUCAAUUGACUUCCUGUAUUGCCUGAAUGUAAAUGGGACUGACCCCAAACUUGUCGCUGAGCUGGAACCUUAAGUUCCUCGUUUAUUUUUUGUGUUUUUGUUGAAAUGAAAUGAUAAAAUCCCUUCAGACUGCACCACGCCUACGGCUGUGGACAGGCCCACCCACCCACAGCCUGUCAUUCCAAAUGUCACCUACCCACCAACCAGGGUGGUCACUCACUCUGUUUCUGUGUCACUACUGUGGAGUAAAGAAGAGGAGAGAAGGAGACUUAUAUGUUUGUGUUACUAUCUGAAGAACGCUUUUUGGGGGGGGGGGAUCAAGAGGUUACCUCAUAGAAUAGUUUAGUUCCUCAAUCGCAUCUGUCAUUUACAUUUAAAUGACUACUACUUACUGUAAUGACUACUACUGACUUACUGUAAUGACUACUACUCACUUACUGUAAUGACUACUACUGACUUACUGUAAUGACUACUACUGACUUACUGUAAUGACUACUACUCACUUACUGUAAUGACUACUACUGACUUACUGUAAUGACUACUACUCACUUACUGUAAUGACUACUACUUACUUACUGUAAUGACUACUAACUUACUGUAAUGACUACUACUUACUGUAAUGACUACUACUUACUUACUGUAAUGCCUACUACUUACUGUAAUGCCUACUACUUACUGUAAUGACUACUACUUACUGUAAUGACUACUACUUACUGUAAUGCCAUAUUUUGUCAAAAGGGAAUCAGCUGAUAUACCGACUACCUAUAAAACCAGUAAUGUUAAAAAUAAGGAUUUUAACUGGAAGUUUAUUUAUUAUUGAUUAUUUAUUAUUUCAUAGACUGAACCUGAAUAAUGGGAAGUGCCUUGUUUGGAAUGAUGCAGUUUCCUCAUCUUAGAUAUACACUAAUAACAACAACACAGCAAGCAUUGAAAUGAAGUUGGUGUCUGGUAGAGUUGAAACAUUUCUGGAAACUUUCCCAGAAUUCCCAGGUUUUCCAGAGGUCCUGGUUGGAAGAUUCCCAGUUGGAUGAUUCCCUCCCUUUUCAUUCCCUCCUGAUCCCAGGAAUCCUCCAAUUUAUAAUCCUCAACUUCAUGAAAACCUGUGAAGUUUGGGAAAGUUGAAACCUUAAGUGUCUGGCCUGUCCUGUUCAAUCUGUUUCCGCAUGGUGUCACUGACUGCACCUACCUGCACAUAGUCACCACAACUGACCGAUACCCAUGUCCUCUCUACAGGAAGUACACUACAACCAUCACCAUCGUAUCGUUGCAUCUUUGACUAACUACAUCAUGUAGAAAUUGGAACCUACUUUUUAAACACACUGGGACUGUUGUUAAAAUGCAGAUAAAGACUCAUCAUCUACAUGUUUUUCCUGACCUAUAUAGUUACCUAGCAACUGAGCAGAAUACCUUCUAAGUUUUUCUGACCUAUAUAGUUACCUAGCAACUGAGCAGAAUACCUUCUAAGUUGUUUGGUUUUGUUUUGUAUCUGUAAAUGUCUUAUUUGAUCAGUGUCCUUACAUUUCAAUAAAGGGAUGAAAUAAUCGUU